CGCGGCCCACUAGCUCAUCCCUCUCUCUAAAAGCCUAAACGAUAUGUAAGUUUCUUCACCCAAGUCUUGCCUUAAACGCAUGGCAAUGGUUUCAUCAAUACUUCUCUUCCUGUCUGCCAUUUGCAUAUUCAUUGCUCAAGCCUUUGCUCAGCCAAACUUCCUAUACCAUUUCUGUUUAGACAAAGGUAACUACACAAGCAAAAGUACCUACAAUGCAAACCUCAAUAACGCACUCUCCUCCCUCUCUUCCAACACUGAAAUAGACUAUGGGUUCUACAAUUUUUCUUAUGGCCAAAACCCUGACAAAGUAUAUUCACUUGGACUUUGCAGAGGAGAUGUUCAGCCAGAUAUUUGCCGUAGUUGCCUCAAUAAUGCUACAAAUCUUCUCCCUAUGCUUUGUCCCAAUCAGAAGGAAGCAAUAGGAUGGUAUAAAGAUUGCAUGUUACGCUACUCAUUCCGCGACAUAUUUAACAUCAUGGAAACUAGUCCUUCUUUCCGUAUGCGGAACAAAAAUAACGUAUCAACCAAUUUGGAUCAGUUCAAUCAGGACCUGAAGAUCUUGUUGGACAGCAAAAGAGUUCAAGCUGCAGCAGGUGGUUCUCUUCGUAAGUUUGCGGCGGGAAAUGCAACAGCACCAAACAAUCAAACACUAUAUUCACUUGUGCAAUGCACACCUGAUUUGUCCGAGCAAGAUUGCAGUGAUUGUUUGGCUUGGGCUUUUGAAAAGAUUCCGCAAUGUUGUGGAGGCAAGCAAGGAGGGAGAUAUAUUACACCCAGCUGUAAUAUUAGGUUUGAGGUCUUCCCCUUCUAUGUCGCCAAAGCUGCUAAUGCAUCUUCACCAUCACCGUCUCCAUCACCACCACUAGUACCAUCCGUAUCUCCUCCACCAUUGAACAAAACCGCAGCUGCAAAAGGAAAGGAGAGUAACAAAUCUCGAACUGUCAUGAUCAUAGUUGUACCCAUUAUUUCUUUUGUGGUACUAAUAAUAAUCUCCUUCUGCAUCUACUUAAGAGUCAGGAAACCAAGGGAGAAACCACAAGGCGAAUAUUCUACGGAUGAGAUCAGAAGUGUGGAAUCUUUGCAGUUAGGCUUUGGCACUAUUAAAGUUGCAACAGACGACUUUUCUGAUGCAAAUAUGCUUGGAAAAGGCGGAUUUGGUGUUGUUUACAAGGGUAAACUCUCUGAUGGACAAGUUAUUGCUGUGAAAAGGCUUUCAAAAAAUUCUAGUCAAGGAGAUCUUGAAUUUAAGAAUGAAGUUUUGUUACUGGCCAAGCUUCAACACCGAAAUUUAGUUAGACUCCUAGGAUUUUGCUUGGAAAGAAUUGAAAGGCUUCUAAUUUAUGAGUUUGUACCUAAUGGAAGUCUUGAUAACUUCAUUUUUGAUCCAAUCAAGUGUGUACAACUGGAUUGGGAAAGACGCUACAAAAUCAUAGGAGGCAUUGCACGAGGCCUUCUCUACCUUCAUGAAGAUUCUCGACUUCGUAUUAUUCAUCGAGAUCUUAAAGCAAGCAAUAUCCUAUUAGAUUCAGAAAUGAAUCCAAAAAUUUCAGAUUUUGGUAUGGCAAGAUUGUUUGAACUUGAUCAAAGUGAAGGCAAUACAAGCAGAAUUGUGGGGACCUAUGGAUAUAUGUCUCCAGAGUAUGUAAUGCAUGGACAAUUCUCAGUAAAGUCUGAUGUCUUCAGCUUUGGUGUGCUAUUGUUAGAGAUAAUAAGUGGACGAAAGAAUAGCUCCUUCCGAAAUGGAGAGAAUAUUGAAAACCUUCUAAGCUAUGCAUGGAAAAAUUGGAAAAAGAGUACAGUUUCAAAUCUUGUAGAUCCCACAUUGAAGGCAGGCUUGACAACCGAAAUAAUGAGAUGUAUUCACAUUGGAUUACUAUGUGUUCAAGAAAAUGUAGUUAAUAGACCGACUAUGGCAUCUGUUGUUCUCAUGCUUAAUAGCUACUCUAUUACUCUCCCAAUACCUUCAGAACCUGCAUUUUUUAUGAAUAGUGGUACUGAAUCAAACAUUUGCUUGCAAUGGGAGCAUGAUUCAAGGUUGACAGAGUCAAAUCAAUCUAAAAGUAGCUCUGUCCAAGCUUCGAUAAAUGAUGUGUCAAUCACAGAGCUAUCUCCUCGCUAGUAUUUAAUGAAUUUGAAAUGUAAUACUACUAUUUUCCUUAUUUAUUUAUUUUAAUUGAAGAAUACACAAUAUAUGAGUUAUUGAUGAUACAUUAACAACGUAGCAUUCGUUUCAAAACUUGAACUAUUUAGUGACCCAAAACAAAAUUGGUGUAAUUUAUCCAUUUGUUCUUUCUCUAGCUCUAGUCUUAUUCAAGAAAACAGAAAGCUACAUUAUGAUAUACCAGUCUUACUGUCUCCAA